GCGCGGGGGCGGGACUAAGCGAAGCGGGGCGGCGAUUGGCUGGCAGCGCUCGGGCCGCCGUGCGUCUCUGGUGACGCACGCCUCGGGGAGGGUGCGCGCGCGUUCAGCGGCCUCUUUGUGUGGUGCCCAGAUAGGGGAGCGGAGGUGGCGGCCGCGGCGGCCUCGGUUGUCUCCCGGUGUCCCGGGCUCGCCCUCUAGCCGGUGCCUCUCCCUUUCCCCCCCCCUCUCCUUCCUUCCUUCCUUCCCUCCCCUUCCCUUCCUCCCUCCCCCGGCGGCGCGGCGGCGGCGGCCCCCGGCAACGGCUGGGCCGCGGGCGGCGACGAGGGCCUGAGCCCGCCAUCACGGCGACGGCGGCGGCGAAGGCGCGGGGCGCGCAGGGCGGGGGCAAGGCCCGGGCGGUGGAGAUGGAGAACUCACAGCUGUGCAAGCUGUUCAUCGGCGGCCUGAACGUGCAGACGAGCGAGUCGGGGCUACGCGGCCACUUCGAGGCGUUCGGCACGCUGACGGACUGCGUGGUGGUGGUGAACCCGCAGACGAAGCGCUCGCGCUGCUUCGGCUUCGUCACCUACUCCAACGUGGAGGAGGCGGACGCCGCCAUGGCCGCGUCGCCGCACGCCGUGGACGGCAACACGGUGGAGCUGAAGCGCGCGGUGUCGCGCGAGGAUUCGGCGCGGCCCGGCGCGCACGCCAAGGUGAAGAAGCUGUUCGUCGGCGGGCUCAAGGGCGACGUGGCGGAAGGCGACCUGGUGGAGCACUUCUCGCAGUUCGGCGCGGUGGAGAAGGCGGAGAUCAUCGCCGACAAGCAGUCAGGCAAGAAGCGCGGCUUCGGCUUCGUCUACUUUCAGAGCCACGACGCGGCCGACAAGGCGGCGGUGGUCAAGUUCCACCCGAUCCAGGGCCACCGCGUGGAGGUGAAGAAGGCCGUGCCCAAGGAGGACAUCCACGCGGGCGGCGGCGGCGGCGCGCGGGCGGCGCGGGGCGGCCGGGGCCGAGGCCGCGGCGGGGGGCGCGACCAGAACGGCCUGGCUAAGGGCGGCGGCGGCGGCGGCGGCUACAACAGCUACGGCGGCUACGGGGGCGGCGGCGGCUACGGAGCUUAUGGCGGCGGCGGUUCGGCGUACGGCGGCAACGACUACGGCAACGGCUUCGGCGGCUUCGGCUCGUACAGCCAGCACCAGUCGUCGUACGGGCCUAUGAAGAGCGGCGGCGGCGGCGGCAGCUGGGGCGGUCGCAGCAACAGCGGACCUUACCGGGGCGGCUACGGCGGGGGCGGCGGCGGCGGCUACGGGGGCGGCUCGUUCUAGAGGGCGGGGCCACGCCGGAAGCGCAGCCCGGUGCGAGCAAGCGCGCCCGGAGCGGGGGCCCCCCUUCCCGACUCGCCCUCCCCACCGCCCCCCAGUCCAGCCCACCCCACCCGGUCCCCGACGACGGACUCGCCGCUCCCCACCCCCCACCCCCCGGCCCGGCCUGCCUGCCUGCCACCGCCCACCCCGCCCCGCAGACGGACUCGGCCCCACGCGCACACUUUUGUGUUACAGUCAUUGAUGGACUCUAUUUUUUUAUUAUUACUUGGACCUUGGUCGUUUUUAUACUAGCAAAAAUGUCUUCGUUUUCAUUGGUGUUUUUUUUUUUUUUCGGGGGAGGGGGGGAGGGGGCGUGAACUUGCUGAUUCUGUAGCAAAACCUGGGUGGGGGGUUGGGCGGGGGUAGUUUACUUUGUUGUAAGGACUUGGUACCUGGCUACAGCGUUUUCUAUGAAACCUACUUGGAUCCCAUGCCUGAAAAAUUUGGAAAGCAUAUGUACAAAAAUCAUUUUUACGUUUUAUUUUUAAUAAAUCAUUGUGUUUGACCGUACAUGUCUAACAUUUUUUUUCUAGGAUUCAUUCCAUACCGUUUGAAGGGAUAUUAGUAUAAGAAAAAGAUGUGUUUUUUUUUCUCCCGUGUUCAUUUUUGAUGUGUGUUUUGAGAAACUUUUGAGGAAAAGAAAUUUUUCCCCUUAUACUGAUAAGUGAUGUGUUUACUUUUUUUUUUAAAUCCCUUACAGGCAAAACUUUUGAAAUGAUGAAUGUGGCUUAAAAGAUUUUUUUUUUAAGUCUCUGUACAUCCAUCGUACUGAGAGAUUUGCUUAUCGUCAUGACAUGGUUGGUCCCUUCUACGAGAAUUUACUUCCAAGUAUGUACUGUGUAGUUUUAAAAGAAAUUGUGUUAAGCAUGUGUUUCCAUUCAUAUAAACGGUUUUAAAAGUUUUCAGAUGGCCUCGUUUCAUCCCUCCUACUGUUUUGUCUGUAAUGAGUGGUUAAAAGGGUUAUAUUUUUACCCUUGCUAAAUGCAUUUUUGUAUUUUCAGAGCAAGUUUAAAGUGUUUUUCCCCCCUACAUCUGAACUGUUGUCCUCAUGAAAAUCCUUACCUUUGUAGCACCAUCUACUGGCAGAAUGGCAGGAUAGCUGCAGGACAAUUCAAGACACUGUGUGUGGGACAAUUGCAUCAGAUUUAGAAGUUUUGCCAUCCAAAGUCUGUGCAAACUUGGCAGUUACAUGUUUCCAUGUAACUGAAAUGGUCUUCACAGGAAUGUAUUUUCGUGACCAGUCCCUGUCACACUCCCUUUUCUCCAUGAGAUCUGGAAAUGUAAACUGCUAUGCAUAGCUUGGGCAGUUGCCCCAAAUUGCUAUGACAGCUACCGAACCAGCUAUGUGUACUGGUAUUUUAGGUGCAAGUUGUAAAGCAAACUAUCUGUGUAUUCUGCUUGGUUAACAUGUAUAUUUGUAGCCCUUUCCUGCGAUAGAAUUCAAGUUGUUUAUAUAAAAAAAGAAACAUAAUAGGAGAAAAUUGCCUUCGUGGAUAGAAAUAUAGAAUAGCAACGUUUAUGGAUAUCACAAAUAAAGAAUUCAAUUCUUUA